GAAAAAAUGGAACAUUAUGGAAGUGCACUAAUAUGAGUGCAGCCAUGCGAUCAACUGAAUCCAAAAGGCUUUUGGAUUCCCCAACGAUCCCAAUUUCCCAAAGAAUUGCUUCAAUUGCUGCUACCUAAACCCAACCAAUGUUCAGCCGUUCAUGUGCGCAGGGAGGAUCGGUAGAGGAUAGUGCAGGGAAUUCAAAGGUUCUAUAAUUAUCAGCCUCAAACUUGUAAAAAAUUAAAAUAAUAACUGGUGAACAUUGUAAUUUGGUCCUAAAAGAUCCAGGGAAAGAAAGAGUGCAUCGCCGAAAAGAAAAGAGCUGGACAUGGGAGUAUAAUCCAUUUUCAUAGUCUUUGUGAGCAAAAGACACUGAAAUCAUCCACCCGCUUUCCCCCCACUUCUGUCUCGUCUCUUCUUGAUUACCCUAUUUCGCGAACUUCGAAAAGUAUGACUCUUUUUUUCUCUCAUCUUCGUUAACUUCGUUUACUCCUUUUGUUCUUUCAUCUUCUUCCUCCAGCAAAUUAAUUAACAAAGAAGAGAAGGAGGGGGCGAGCCUGCGAAUAAAUAUGGCGAGUCACUCCGAUUCCCCAUCUAACACAGUCGACAACAAACUGCAAAGCCCAGAGAGUGGAACAGCUUUACAGUCUGUUGUACAGCAAAGUCCUGAAGUACAUCAAAGUCCAAUGGCAGAAUCUUCAAGGGAGAAGCAUUCGACUUCGGUUUUUGUGAAUUCAGAACCAAUACGUGAGGAUCAAGUGGACAAUGCUGUGAAGUUUCUUGCACAUCCAAAAGUUAAGGGAUCUCCAGUUAUGUAUAGGCGUUCUUUUCUUGAGAGAAAGGGCCUUACAAAGGAGGAAAUUGAUGAAGCUUUUCGACGGGUUCCUGAUCCUACCUCAACGGUUCCAAGUACAGAAGCCACUUUUGCAAAUCAAGAAGGGCAGUUGAAAACUUCAUCAAAUAUUCAACCACAGGCCCUGAUUCGAAGCACACAGCAAGCUUCAGCAGAGGUUGGUAGCAUGAGAAAGGUGGGGUACCUUUCUAAAUUCCAUUGGAGUCAUGCUGUGCUUGCUUUUGGGUUACUGGCAGCCUCUGGAUCUUUCACUGCAAUAUUAUUUAAGAAAUCCAUAAUUCCUCAGUUGAAGUCUUGGAUUCGCAAGGUUGUACUGGAAGAAGAAGAAGCAACAGAAGAGGAUGGUGUGAGGCAGAAUAAUUUGAAACUGAGUUUAGCAGAAGAAACUGCUACUGCUGCAAAAGCAGCCGCAGCCGCAGCAGCUGAUGUGGCUCGUGCAAGCCAAGAAAUGGUGGUCUCAAAAUCAGAAG